ACCGGCUGGUAGGCGUUGGUUUUGAGAGGCGCAAACAUAAAAUCCCAGGAAUUAUCUUUGAGAGUCUCAGCUACAAAGGUGCUUUCUUGUUUCUCAGUUUAGUUAAGUAACUUGAGAAGAAAUGGCGGAGAAGAGUUUAAUUGCCAAAGAUGUUACUGAAUUGGUUGGUAAAACGCCAUUGGUAUAUCUGAACAAUGUUGUGGAUGGCUGCGUGGCUCGAAUUGCUGCAAAAUUGGAGGCGAUGGAACCCUGCUCCAGUGUCAAGGACAGGAUUGGGUACAGUAUGAUUGCAGAUGCAGAGGAGAAGGGUCUCAUUAAACCCGGUGAGAGUGUCCUGAUCGAGCCUACCAGUGGUAAUACCGGAAUAGGAUUGGCAUUUAUGGCAGCUGCGAAGUGUUAUAGACUCAUAAUUACUAUGCCUUCUUCAAUGAGUUUAGAAAGGAGAAUGGUCCUCCGAGCUUUUGGAGCUGAGCUGGUUCUUACAGACCCUGCCCGGGGCAUGAAAGGGGCUGUUCAGAAGGCUGAGGAAAUUAUGGAAAAGACUCCUAAUUCUUACAUUCUUCAGCAAUUUGAAAACCCUGCCAACCCAAAGAUCCAUUAUGAGACAACUGGGCCAGAAAUAUGGAAAGGCGCUGGAGGGAAGGUAGAUUUUCUUGUCUCUGGGAUUGGGACUGGAGGUACUGUAACAGGAGCAGGGAAGUAUCUCAAAGAGCAAAAUUCUGACAUUAAGCUAAUUGGUGUGGAACCAGUUGAAAGUGCAGUGCUAUCUGGAGGGAAACCUGGACCACAUAAGAUCCAAGGAAUUGGUGCUGGCUUCAUCCCUGGGGUUUUAGAAGUCAACUUACUGGAUGAAGUUGUUCAAAUAUCAAGUGAAGAAGCUAUUGAAACAGCAAAGCAACUUGCUCUGAAAGAAGGAUUGUUGGUAGGUAUAUCAUCUGGUGCAGCUGCUGCUGCUGCAAUUCAGAUAGCCAAGAGGCCAGAAAAUGCUGGGAAGCUCAUUGUUGUGAUCUUCCCUAGCUUUGGAGAGCGUUAUCUCUCUUCCGUGCUGUUCGAGUCUGUGAAGCGGGAAGCGGAGAAUAUGGUUUUCGAGCCUUGAGAUAAACCAUCCUAGCUUCAAAAUGUCAAGAUCAUGAGGUUUGAAAUAUGGAGCAGAGAACUUGGUUGUCAAGCAGCACAUGGAUCUUUCUAAUGGAUGGUUUUUGUUGUCUUCUUGGAUUCUAAAAAGGCUUUAGAAUAAUAAGGCGACUUUACUGGAGCCCUAGUCUAUUGAUGGAUUAAAGAAAAAUGUUGUUUGGAAAUGGGAUUGAAUCCUGUCUAUAUUUUGUGAGAUUAAACCAAAAUAGGAAAAAACAAUUUUACAAUGAAAUAUCUCCUGUAGUUUUAUGAAUUGUCGUGAGAUUAAAUAAAAUUCAAUGUUUUCAAUUGAAAAUCAAGAAAAA